AUGCCUUCCGAGAACGCUCAGUCCGUCAAGGUCCUUGACGAGCUCUUCCAGAAGCUCACCGUCUCCAAGGAGGCGGCCGAGAUCAAGGAGUCCUCCAACGAGCUCGCCAGCUUCAUCAACGGCCGCAUUGAGGACCAGGAUGUCCCCAACAAGACCAUUGAGAGCCUGAAGAAGCAGCUCGCCAACAAGAAGGAUGCGCUCGCCCGCGAGAAGGCCUGCAUGGCCGUCGAGGCCAUCGCCUCUCACGCCGAGGUCUCCGCCUCCGUCGAGCCUUACCUCGUCGUCCUCCUGCCCGCCCUCCUGGCUGCCGUUGGCGACAAGAUCACCGCCGUCAAGAAUGCCGCCAGCGCUGCCGUCAUCGCCAUUGCUGGCGCCAUCAGCGGCAACGCCGCCAAGGCUGCCCUCCCCGCCAUCAUGGACUCCCUCCGCAACGCCCAGAAGUGGCCCGAGAAGAUGACUGCCCUCGACUUCAUCGAUGCUCUCGUCAAGACUGCCCCCGCUCAGCUGGCUUUCCGCGUCCCUGAGCUGAUCCCCGUCGUCUCCGAGUCCAUGUGGGACACCAAGAAGGAGGUCAAGGAGCGCGCCUACAAGACCAUGGAGCAGAUCUGCCAGUUGAUCGUCAACAGGGAUAUCGAGCGCUUCAUCCCUGAGCUCAUCAAGUGUAUCGCCAAGCCUGAGAACGUCCCCGAGACCGUUCACCUGCUCGGUGCCACCACCUUCGUUACCGAGGUCCAGGAGCCCACCCUGGCCCUCAUGGUUCCCCUGCUGGAUCGUGGUCUGGCCGAGCGCGAGACCGCCAUCAAGCGUAAGGCCGCCGUCAUCGUCGACAACAUGUGCAAGCUCGUCGACGACCCCAACAUCGUCGCUCCCUUCUUGCCCAAGAUGAUGCCGGGUCUCCAGAAGAACUACGACAACUUGGCUGAUCCCGAGGCCCGUGAGAAGACCAAGCAGGCCCUCGACACCCUGACUCGCGUCGGCAACGUUGUGGACGGCAAGAUCCCCGAGGCCCGCAACGACGGUGACCUCAACAUCGUCCUCGGCAAGCUCAAGGAUGUCCUGACCCCCAAGUACGGCAACUACCUCGAGAAGAUGGGCCCCGUCGCCGACUACAUUGCUGCCAUUGCUGGUCAGCUCGUCGACGAGAAGGAGAGCGAGCCCGUCAUCUGGGUCGAGAACCUGAAGCCUUACGUUGCCGUCAUCACCGGCAUCGACAACUCCGAGGUUGUCAUCGACACCCUCCGCAAGCGCGCUGUCCCCGGCGCCGCCGAGGAGGAGGAGCAGGAGGCCGACGAGGAGGAGGGUGAGGAUCUCUGCAACUGCACCUUCUCCCUUGCCUACGGUGCCAAGAUCCUGCUCAACCAGACUCACCUCCGCCUCAAGCGUGGUCAGCGCUAUGGUCUCUGCGGUCCCAACGGUUCCGGCAAGUCCACUCUGAUGCGUGCCAUCAACAACGAGCAGGUCGAGGGCUUCCCCAAGCAGAGCGAGGUCAAGACCGUCUUCGUCGAGCACGACCUUGACUCUGCCGACACUGAGAUGACCACCAUCGACUGGACCAUGAAGAAGCUCAAGGAGGCUGGCGUCACGACCACCCAGGAGGAUGUCGAGAAGCAGCUCAACGAGUUCGGCUUCACCGACGGCAUGGUUAAGGGCGAGAUCUCUGCCCUCUCCGGUGGUUGGAAGAUGAAGCUGGCCCUGUGCCGUGCCGUCUUCGAGGCUCCCGAUAUCCUGCUUCUCGACGAGCCCACCAACCACUUGGACGUCAAGAACGUCAAGUGGCUCGAGGAGUACCUCAUUAACUCCCCCUGCACGUCCAUCAUCGUCUCCCACGACUCGGGCUUCCUCGACAAUGUCUGCCAGCAUAUCGUCCACUACGAGCGCUUCAAGCUCAAGCGCUACCGUGGUAACCUGGCCGAGUUCGUCAAGCGUGUCCCCUCGGCCAAGUCCUACUACGAGCUUGGUGCCUCCGAGAUGGAGUUCACCUUCCCUGAGCCCGGUUUCCUCGAGGGUGUCAAGACCAAGGCCAAGGCCAUCCUGCGUGCCACCAAGAUGUCCUUCCAGUACCCCGGUACCUCGAAGCCCCAGAUCCAGGACAUUACCUUCCAGUGCUCUCUCGGCUCCCGUAUUGCCGUCAUUGGCCCCAACGGUGCCGGCAAGUCGACCCUGAUCAACGUCCUGACCGGUGAGCUCAUCCCCACCGAGGGUGAGAUCUACCAGCACGAGAACAUCCGUAUCGCCUACAUCAAGCAGCACGCUUUCGCCCACAUUGAUAACCACCUGGACUCGACUCCUUCCGAGUACAUCCAGUGGCGAUUCCAGACUGGCGAGGAUCGCGAGACCAUGGACCGUGCCAACAAGGUCAUCACCGAGGCCGACGAGAAGGCCAUGGACAAGAUCUUCAAGAUCGAGGGCACCCAGCGCCGCGUCAUCGGCAUCAACUCCCGCAGAAAGUUCAAGAACAGCUACGAGUACGAGUGCUCGUUCGCUCUGGGUGAGAACGUUGGCAUGAAGGGCGAGCGCUGGACGCCCAUGAUGACGGCCGACAACGUCUGGCUGCCCCGCAACGAGCUCCUGGCUUCUCACCAGAAGAUGGUUGCCGAUGUGGACAUGAAGGAGGCCCUGGCCUCUGGUCAGUUCCGCCCUCUGGUCCGCAAGGAGAUUGAGGCCCACUGCGCCAACUUCGGCCUCGACGCCGAGCUGGUCUCUCACUCCCGCAUGCGCGGUCUGUCUGGUGGCCAGCGUGUCAAGACCGUCCUGGCUGCUUGCUCGUGGCAGCGCCCCCAUCUUAUCGUCCUUGACGAGCCCACCAACUACCUGGACCGUGACUCCCUGGGUGCGCUGUCCAAGGCCCUCAAGAAGUUCGAGGGUGGUGUCAUCAUCAUUACCCACUCCGCCGAGUUCACCAAGGACCUGACUGAGGAGGUCUGGGCCGUCAUGGACGGCAAGAUGACGCCCUCUGGCCACAACUGGGUGUCCGGCCAGGGCUCUGGUCCCCGCCUCAAGGCUGGUGACGACGACGAGGAGGACAAGUUCGACGCUAUGGGCAACAAGAUUGUCACCACCAAGAAGAAGGCCAAGCUGACCUCGUCCGAGGCCCGUAAGAAGAAGAAGGAGCGCAUGGCUCGCCGCAAGCGUGGUGAGGAGGUCUUCAGCGAUGAGGACGAAUAA